AUGAGUGAUGAUGAAACCCAAUGCUGGCUGUUGGCGAUCACCAAAGAUGACGCUCACGCCGCGGUUGCAGACGGCUGUGGCAAAUGUUGUUCGCACUGUCAAGCGGCGCGCAAGCGUACUGCAACGCUGUUGCGCAAAGUUCUUGAGCGUGCGGCAGCCGCCAGCAGCAGUUGUGCCUUGCACCUUUAUGGCAGAUUACUGACAGAGCCAGUGCUGCUGACGCAGUGCGACAUUAAAAUAAAUCAAAGAGCGCAGUCAGCUGCCAUUCAGCGACGCCUUGGUAGGAGCGCUUUUAUUAUUUUGGCGCUUUGCGUCGCCGGACUUUGUGCUGAUGCUAGCACGGAUACACUUUUGAGAAAGGCACGUGCCGCUCAGGGUUAUGAUUACCCACCACCCUCUAUUCCAUUCCCCGAGCCAACGAGGCCACCACCAGUGGUGACGCGUCCACCAGCACCGAAGACUACUCGUCCACCACCCCCACCGGUGACACGUCCACCACCAACAUACUUGCCACCCACAAACAAACCACAGCCUCCGGCACCUAAGCCAACAACUCGUCCACCACCACCUCCGGUGACCCGCCCACCAGCACCGAAGACUACUCGUCCACCACCCCCACCGGUGACACGUCCACCACCAACUUACUUGCCACCCACAAACAAACCACAGCCUCCGGCACCUAAGCCAACAACUCGUCCACCACCACCACCGGUGACUCGUCCACCAGCACCGAAGACAACUCGUCCUCCUCCACCACCGGUGACACGCCCACCACCAACAUACUUGCCACCCACAAACAAACCACAGCCUCCGGCACCUAAGCCAACAACUCGUCCACCACCACCACCGGUGACGCGUCCACCAGCACCGAAGACAACUCGUCCUCCUCCACCACCGGUGACACGUCCACCACCAGUAGAGCGUACCACAUAUGUUUACAAUGUACCAGAAAAUCCAUUGACCUAUCCUCCACCAACCAAUAAACCACAACCACCAGCACCAAAACCAACAACUCGUCCACCACCACCACCAGUGACUCGUCCACCAGCACCAAAAACUACCCGUCCACCACCCCCACCAGUGACUCGUCCACCACCAACUUACUUGCCCCCAACCAAUAAACCACAACCACCAGCACCAAAACCAACUACUCGUCCACCACCACCACCAGUGACUCGUCCACCAGCACCGAAGACAACUCGUCCUCCACCCCCAGUGACGAAGCCACCACCAACUUACCUGCCACCAACCAAUAAACCACAACCACCAGCACCUAAGCCAACAACUCGUCCACCACCACCAGUCACUCGUCCCCCACCACCGAAAACAACUCGUCCACCACCCCCAGUGACGAAGCCACCACCAACUUACUUGCCCCCGACCAAUAAACCACAACCACCAGCACCAAAACCAACUACUCGUCCACCACCACCAGUGACUCUAACUCGUCCCCCACCACCAAGAACUACACCAGGACCAACAUACUUGCCACCCACAAACAAACCACAACCUCCAGCACCUAAACCAACAACCCGUCCACCACCACCACCAGUGACUCGUCCACCAGCACCGAAGACUACUCGUCCACCACCCCCAGUGACGAAGCCACCACCAACUUACUUGCCACCCACCAACAAACCUCAACCACCAGCACCUAAACCAACUACUCGUCCACCACCACCAGUGACUCGUCCACCAGCACCGAAGACAACUCGUCCUCCACCCCCAGUGACGAAGCCACCACCAACUUACUUGCCACCAACCAAUAAACCACAACCACCAGCACCAAAACCAACUACUCGUCCACCACCACCAGUCACUCGUCCCCCACCACCAAGAACUACACCAGGACCAACAUACUUGCCACCCACUAACAAACCACAACCCCCGGCACCUAAGCCAACAACUCGUCCACCACCACCACCAGUGACUCGUCCACCAGCACCGAAGACAACUCGUCCUCCACCUCCAACAACCCGUCCUCCACCUCCAGUGACGAGACCACCACCAACUUACUUGCCACCCACCAACAAACCUCAACCACCAGCACCAAAACCAACAACUCGUCCACCACCACCAGUGACUCGUCCACCAGCACCGAAGACAACCCGUCCUCCACCUCCAGUGACGAGACCACCACCAACUUACUUGCCACCCACCAACAAACCUCAACCACCAGCACCAAAACCAACAACUCGUCCACCACCACCAGUGACUCGUCCACCAGCACCGAAGACAACCCGUCCUCCACCUCCAGUGACGAGACCACCACCAACUUACUUGCCACCCACCAACAAACCUCAACCACCAGCACCAAAACCAACAACUCGUCCACCACCACCAGUCACUCGUCCACCAGCACCGAAGACUACCCGUCCACCACCCCCACCCGUGACUCGUCCACCACCCAAGGAUGACGGCUAUAAAUACCCCGUGCCAAGCAUUCCUUUCGAUUUUUAGGUGUCAACUGUAACAGUUGAUUUACUCAAUUUUAUGUUAAGAAAGAUAGCCUGCGAGUUUUAAAAGUUUAUUUAAAAAGUGGUGAAGCUCAUUAACGCCGAAAGCUGACAAUCUAGCGAUGUGGUACCAACAAGCAAACUAGGGCUAGAUUCAUCUAGUCAAUACAAUAUGAGAACGUUAUUUUUGCUUUCGACUCCAAAAGAGCUCUAGCAAGAAUUUCAAAUGUUUUUCCUUUUUGUUUUAUACUUAAAAAUACUCUUACAAUUAGAAAUACUUAUUUUAAUUGA